AGUUAGACAGUUUCCGAUCGUCUGAUCAUUGACUCGAACUUUGUCGUCGUUAAUAAUAUUAUCGAUUUACUUUUGUCGCGACUUAAUGCGUGGGUGUAAAGAUCUUAAAGGACACUCUUUAAUUGAUGGAGGGUACCCCGCCGUUGAUGAAACUUAAUCAGUGAAAAAAAAAAGAAAAAUAAACUCUAUUGCCGCUGAAGAAAAAAGUUUCUUCAAUAUUUUUUUGCUAUGUUGCAUCAAAGAACAAUAUUAGACUGACAAAAAACAUGUUUCAGUUUUAAAAGAAACAAAAAAAAAAAUAAAAUAAAAUCUGUUGAGAAUCGGUUUAACCGGUGUGCGGUGUGCGCAUCAUAUUCCUUUUAGAAGACAAAACUCAAUAGUUUUGGCGCCAUAAACCUUUAAACAAUUGGAGGAAUGGAUGGGCGAUUCCUGAACAAAGUUGGCGGAGACAUUGAAGCUAAUGACUAUCACGGUAAAAGGAACACCAUGACAUUAAAUGUUAAUGGAUUAUGGGACGUAGUCCCUCGAUUGGAUCACUAUAGAUUAAGUAGACGAGCAAAAAGGCCAUCUUUAGGUGAACUACACGAUGGAAACCCCACGAAGAACACAAACGUCGAGACGGGGCAGACUGGGGUUGGACCUCCCGUUCACAAUGGAAUAAAAUUAGGAUGGAUUCAGGGAGUUUUGAUACCAUGUCUUUUGAAUAUAUGGGGUGUUAUGUUAUUUUUGCGAUUGUCCUGGGUGGUUGCGCAAGCGGGAAUUUAUCAAAGUAUCAUCAUAAUCGGGAUAUCAGCUGUUGUAUGCGUCAUCACGACUCUAAGCUUGAGUGCAAUUAGCACUAAUGGAGAAGUAAAGGGAGGUGGUAUUUAUUUCAUUAUAUCCAGAUCAUUGGGACCAGAAUUUGGAGCCUCGGUAGGAAUAGUCUUUGCCUUUGCCAAUGCGGUGGCAGCAUCAAUGAACACAAUAGGAUUUUGCGACUCAUUGAAUCAAUUACUUAAAGAAAAUGGACUUAAAAUUAUUGACAAUGCUGCUUAUGAUGUCAGAAUUAUUGGCACAAUUGCUCUUUUGGUGAUGAUCUUAAUUUGCGCAAUCGGUAUGGAAUGGGAGUCGAAGGCGCAGAAUUUUCUUAUCGCCAUCAUUACAGCGGCAAUUUUCGACUUUCUCAUUGGGUCUUUAAUUGGUCCAUCAACAUUGCAACAAAAAUCUCAAGGAUUUGCAGGAUUUUCAAGUAAAACUUUUAUGGAUAAUUGGGGACCGGAUUAUCGAUACUCUGAGAACGUGAAUCAGACUUUCUUCUCUAUUUUUUCCAUUUUCUUUCCGUCAGUCACUGGGAUUCAAGCAGGUGCUAAUAUUUCCGGGGAUCUGAAAGAUCCGGCGAGCAGCAUCCCAACUGGCACACUCCUAGCCCUAUUAAUAUCAAUGAUUAGUUAUGUGACAUUCGUUCUUUUCGCCGGAGGGGCUGCUUCGAGAGUUGCCAGUGGUAUUGUUGCAAACAAUACGAUAGUGGAGUGCGUUGCAGGUGUUGACUGUAUAAAGUAUGGUCUUCACAAUGAUUAUUCGAUAAUGCAACUUAUGUCAGUUUGGGGACCGUUUAUUUACGCUGGUUGUUUUGCAGCGACACUCUCCACGGCCUUAACGAAUCUACUAUCCGUUCCUCGCUUAAUACAAGCUCUCGGUCAAGAUAAAAUCUAUCCUGGUUUGAUAUUUUUUAGUAAAGGAUAUGGAAAAUCCGGAGAGCCCUACAGAGGCUAUGUGCUAACUUUUCUUGUAGCCGUUCUCUUCGUCUUAAUAGCAAAUUUGAACUUGGUGGCACCACUUAUUUCAAACUUCUACCUCGCAUCUUAUGCCCUCAUCAAUUUUUGUACAUUCCACGCCGCCCUCGUUCGUCCCUUGGGUUGGCGUCCAACAUUCAAGUAUUACAACACAUGGCUCUCAUUAAUGGGAUUCAUUUUGUGCGUGUCAAUUAUGUUUCUAAUUGACUGGGCAACAUCACUAAUUACGUUUGUGAUUAUUUUCGCGCUUUAUCUCAUUGUCGUUUAUCGAAAGCCAGAUGUCAAUUGGGGAAGCAGCACACAAGCGCAAACGUACAAGACGGCGCUUUCAAUUGCUUACAAACUGAAUUCAAUGGAUGAACACGUGAAAAAUUAUGCACCCCAAAUUCUGGCGCUUACAGGAUCACCAAAUACAAGGCCAGCUUUACUUCACCUUGCAAAUCUCAUCACUAAGAAUAAUUCAUUACUUAUAUGUGGGGAAGUUUAUCCGACUCGUCUUUCUUAUCGAGUGCGCACGAAUCAUUUGAGAACUGGAUAUUCUUGGCUCCAAAGACAUCGAAUAAAAGCUUUUUACCACAUUGUGGAGGAACUUAGUUUAGAAAUGGGGGCGUCUGCCUUAAUGCAAGCCACAGGAGUUGGAAAAUUGGCUCCAAAUGUGGUACUUAUGGGCUACAAGACCCACUGGGCGACUUGCAACAAUAGAGAACUUCAAGAAUACUUCAACGUUCUUCACAAUGCCUUUGAUCACAAACUAGCAGUUGCUAUAUUGAGGAUAUCGGAAGGUUUAGAUUGCGCUGGUAAUGCAAACGGAGUGUCAGAAGAUGAUCAUGGAACUUUGGCGCAAAGCAGUUAUGAUCUAGCUGGAAAUACCCUCAUGCACGCGGAUAGUGACUUAAGUAUGAGUACAGGAAUUCCGCGAGUUCAGAGCGUUCCAACGAUAGGCUACAACUAUCCAUGUACAGAAAUGUCCUCAGUUAUUAGGGAUUCUCCGGUAAAUUGGAGCGCACACGAACAGUUGAAGCACAAAAAGAAACAUGCUGCUGAAAAAUUAUUACUACGAAAUGGAAUGAGUGUAGUGCCGGAAUAUUUGACAGUCUUUCAGAAAAAGCAUAAAAAUGGGAUAAUCGACGUUUGGUGGCUUUAUGACGAUGGAGGUUUGACGAUUCUUCUCCCCUAUAUAAUCAGUACCAGAUCACAUUGGGAGCAUUGUAAAAUGAGAAUAUUUGCCCUUGCUAAUCACAAACAGGAAAUUGGAGCCCAGGAAAAAGAAAUGGCAGAAAUAAUGGCGAAAUUUCGAAUAAAGUACACAAGUCUUAAAAUGGUUGACGACAUUAGUAUUCAACCUCAAAAAUCAACGCAGGAAUUUUUCGACAAACUCAUAUCGGAUUUUACUAAAAAUGGAUCUGAAUCGACAGACUGCAUUGUCACCAACGAGGAACUUCAGAGUUUAAGGGACAAAACCCAUCGGCAAUUAAGACUACGAGAACUCCUUCUAGAAAACUCGAGUCAAUCGACUUUAGUUGUAAUGUCAUUGCCAAUGCCAAGAAAAGGUGCAGUUUCUGCUCCAUUGUACAUGGCAUGGCUAGAAGCACUCACGAGGGACAUGCCACCCACGUUACUGAUAAGAGGGAACCACACUUCAGUAUUAACAUUCUACUCCUAGUAUUUAAAAAAAGUUGGACUUUGUUAUGCAGCAAAGGAAUCUAAUUUUAAACAUUAUGAUCAAAUUUAUCUUUUUUUUUCGUCACACAUAGAAAUAAUAGUUUCAAUAUUUUAAUGACGUAUUUAAAUUUAUUUUUUAUUACUAAACGUUAAUUUUAUUUAUUUUUAAAUCUAUACAAUCGCUUUUAUGCACAACAAAAUCCAUUUUAGUUUUUAAAUAAUUUUAGUAAAAUAAUAAAUUUAGGGAAACAGUAUUCAAGCAAUUUGCUAUAUAUAUGGUAAUUAUGUACAUUAAAUUUUUGACUGAACUGAUAUUUAUUUUAAACAAAUUUUCCAUAAAGUAAUCAAUUCAGUCAAAUAUUCGAUUUUUAUAAAAAAUGAAAAGAAAAGAACAAAAAAAAAAAAAAUAUAUAAAAAAAUGUAUUGUUAAUAAUCUGUGAAAAAUAUUUUGCACAAACAUUCUAUAGAAAGAAAUUAUUUUAUUACAAUGAAAAACUUAUAUUAUUUUAGGAUUUUGUUUGUUAUCGUAUAUGUCAAUAGUUCAGAGAGUUUUUAAUGGAAAUUUAUUUAUUUACUUAAUUUUAAGAAUUUAGAUAAUAGAUUUUUAAUCAACGUGAUGAAUUUAUAAAUUUAAUAAAAGAGCAUAACAUUAUACAAAUUCGCUUCCACUGACGAUGUACACUAGUCUCGCUUAAGAAUUUAAAAAAAAAUAUGCUUAUUUGAAUUCGACUGACGUAAGAAACAUAAGUAUAAAAAUAUUUACCGUUUUGACAUAAA